CCAAAAGAUAUUUUUUCUUCGCAUUUUCUCAUCAAAGAUAAGAGUUUACGGAUAUUUCUUCGACUCGAGAGUGUAGAGUGUCACUUGCCACUCUUAUCCGGCCUCCAGGCUCCAAAUUAUUGCAGCACGUAUUACAUUAUACAAAUCGCAACACAACACAGCACAAGCUUCCAAGUAAAUUAAACCAUAGCAAUGGCAUGUUCUCCAUCACCUAUAUCUGCAUUCUCCUUUGCCAAUUCAUCACUUCCAAGACCCCGAACACCUUCUGUUCUAAAUCCAAGAGCUAUGGCCAAAGAGCUUUACUUUAACCACGAUGGUUCAGCUACAAAGAAGCUUCUGGCAGGGGUGGACAUGGUGGCAGAGCUGCUUGGAGUUACAUUGGGUCCAAAGGGCAGAAAUGUCGUGCUCCAGAAUAAGUAUGGACCUCCCAAGAUCGUCAAUGAUGGAGAAACUGUUCUCAAAGAGAUUGAAUUGGAAGACCCAUUGGAGAAUGUUGGAGUUAAAUUGGUAAGACAAGCAGGUGCAAAAACCAAUGACCUUGCUGGUGAUGGCUCCACUACAUCCAUUGUUCUUGCUCACGGCCUAAUCACCGAAGGCACGAAGGUUAUUGCAGCUGGAAUGAAUCCUGUUCAAAUUGCUCGUGGAAUUGAGAAGACAGCAGCAGCACUUGUUGCUGAACUCAAUUUGAUGUCAAGAGAAGUUGAGGAUCAUGAACUCACACAUGUUGCAGCUGUCAGCGCCGGGAAUGAUUAUGUUAUUGGAAACAUGAUUUCCGAGGCCCUGCAUAAAGUAGGAAGGAAGGGAGUAGUGACAAUUGAGAAAGGAAGGUGCACUGAGAAUAGUCUAGAGAUAGUGGAAGGAAUGCAAUUCGAUCGCGGAUAUCUUUCGCCAUACUUUGUAACUGAUCGAAGAAAGAUGACUGUUGAACUCCAUAACUGCAAGUUGCUUUUGGUGGACAAAAAAAUCACAAACCCAAAGGAGAUGAUUAACAUAUUGAACAGUGCUGUGAUAGAGAAGUAUCCAAUUAUGAUAGUUGCAGAAGGCAUUGAGCAAGAAGCUCUAGCACCGAUCAUAAAAAAUAAGCUCAAGGGUGUGCUGAAGGUAGCUGCAAUCAAGGCUCCAGCAUUUGGCGAGCGCAAAACGCACUAUUUAGAAGACAUUGCCAUCUUGACAGGAGGUACUGUAAUCAGAGAAGAUAUGGGUUUGACACUUGAAAAAGCUAACAAGGAUGUGCUAGGUUCUGCUACAAAAGUUGUCAUAACAAAGAAUUCUACCUUAAUAGUUACCGAUGGGACUACACGAGCUGCUGUCGAAAAGAGGGUUGAUCAAAUUCGGAGCCUUGUUGAGAACACUGAAGAAAAUUUCCAAAAGAAGAUAUUAAGUGAAAGGAUAGCAAGAUUAUCAGGGGGAAUUGCCAUUCUUCAGGUAGGAGCACAAACACAAGUAGAGUUGAAGGACAAACAACUAAGAAUUGAAGAUGCUCUCAAUGCAACCAAGGCAGCAAUCGAGGAAGGUGUAGUGGUUGGUGGCGGUUGCAGCCUCUUAAGGCUAUCCCAGAAGGUGGAUAGCAUAAAAAACCUCCUAGAAAAUGAAGAACAAAAGAUUGGAGCUGAGAUCUUCAAAAGAUCUUUGAGCUAUCCUGCUAGAAUGAUAGCCAAAAAUGCUGGUGUAAAUGGCAACGUCGUCGUGGAAAAGGUUUUAUCGGAUGAUAAUGCGCAUUUUGGCUAUAAUGCUUCGAAAGAACGUUAUGAGGAUCUUAUGAAGGCCGGGAUCAUGGAUCCAACAAAGGUAGUUAGAUGUUGCAUAGAGCAUGCAGCAUCUGUGGCGAAGGCAUUUCUUACAUCUAAUGCUGUUGUCGUGGAACGCAAGGAAAUAUGGCGCAUUCCCAGGAUAAACCCCAUGGCUGCUGCCUCAGGUUUAGGACCACUUGGGCUUUAAGAAGGAAAAUUGUACAGUGAAGUUGAGCUUCUAGCAACUGGCUUAUAUUUAAUUACCAUACAAGAAAUUUAGGCAGAGGGAAGACACAACAAAUGCAUUUUUUUUUCAUUUCGGUAUAAAUGAUGGCAUCAAUUCGUACUAGAAAACCCAACUUAAUUUAAUUGGUGAUGGCUAGCUUGAAGGACUGCAUUAAAGGGAAGUGCUUAACAUGUGUAUAGAAGGAAAAUAUUUGUUACAUUUCAGUUACUACUCCGUCCAAUUUAAGCUGUGGUUGUUGCAAUUAGAUUUUUUAGCUGUAGGCUGCAGAAUAAAUGUUUUUCUUAUAUGUAAUGCAAUAUAGUAUGAUGUUAACAAGAUCAAAAAACAUAGAAGUACUGCAUGAGUGAUGCUGAUGAGCCAUAUCCUCGUGUGCACAACUCUUGUUCUUUUUCUUCAUCUUUCAGAUAUUUCUAGUUCCGUAGUUCUAAACUUUGUUGCUGUACUUCUCUUUAAUUUCUAAAACUUUUUCUAUUA